AUGUCCGUAACUACCUCGGAUAAGGUGCAUCUACAGCAGCGCCAGCUUGGAGAACAGGCACAAAGGUCAUUGAAAGCAAUACAAGACUGGCUGUCUACCGAAGCGCCACCGGUUAUGUUCACACCACACGCGGAGGAUUUUCAUCUCUGUGUUGAUCCCCAGAUGUACAAGACUAUAAAACCUUUGCUUGAGGAGUUAGAUCUAGUCACAAACAAGGGGGUUUCGGUCGUGAGGAUUCCCGGUCCCAAAUCCGCACCAUUUUACAGCGACAAAGGUCCUGCAUACAUUAUUCCGAUCCGAGUCGAUGAAGGCACUAAGCCAGCCGUAUCGAACUGUCCUUUGAUACCAGGUCAAAGUACCUACAUCACCACCGGAGUCUAUAUUAGUCCGAAAAUAGACCUCAUGUUCGUUAUAGUGUGA